UGUAUACUCUUAUUACAAAAAAAAAGGAGAGAGAGAGAGAACCAAUUUCUCUCCCUCAAAAUGUCCAACAAGGUUCACGUAGGGAGCAUUGAGAUGGAGGAAGGUUUGAGCAAGACGAAGUGGAUGGUUUUAGAACCUUCUGAGAAGAUCAAGAAGAUUCCCAAAAGGCUUUGGAGUGUUGGAAAAGAAGAUCCGAGGAGAGUGAUACAUGCCCUUAAAGUAGGUCUUUCCUUGACACUUGUAUCUUUGUUAUAUCUCAUGGAGCCUCUCUUCAAAGGCAUUGGAAGCAAUGCUAUUUGGGCCGUCAUGACCGUCGUCGUCGUCCUUGAGUUCUCUGCCGGUGCAACGUUGUGCAAAGGGCUUAAUAGAGGAUUAGGGACACUAAUUGCGGGAUCUUUGGCAUUUUUCAUUGAGUUUGUAGCUAAUGAUUCCGGCAAAGUCCUUCGAGCUAUUUUCAUUGGUACUGCUGUUUUUAUCAUUGGAGCGGCUGCUACUUAUAUAAGAUUUAUACCAUACAUAAAGAAGAAUUAUGAUUACGGUGUUGUGAUAUUUCUCUUGACGUUCAAUCUUAUAACGGUGUCAAGCUAUCGAGUAGAUAGUGUGAUAAACAUAGCACACGAUAGAUUCUACACUAUAGCCAUUGGUUGUGGAAUCUGUCUUUUCAUGAGCCUUCUUGUUUUUCCUAUUUGGUCUGGUGAAGAUCUACACAAGACCACCGUUGGUAAACUCCAAGGCCUUUCUCGUUCUAUAGAAGCAUGUGUGAAUGAGUACUUUGAGGAGAAAGAGAAAGAAAAAACAGAUUCAAAAGACAGAAUCUACGAAGGGUAUCAAGCUGUUUUGGAUUCUAAAUCCACUGAUGAAACACUUGCAUUAUAUGCAAAUUGGGAGCCGAGACACACUCUACGUUGUCAUAGAUUUCCAUGUCAACAAUAUGUUAAAGUUGGAGCUGUUCUUCGUCAAUUUGGUUACACUGUUGUUGCUCUUCACGGUUGCUUACAAACUGAGAUUCAAACUCCAAGAUCUGUUCGCGCGCUUUUUAAAGAUCCUUGUGUAAGAUUAGCCGGAGAAGUAUGCAAAGCUUUGACGGAACUCGCGGAUAGCAUCUCAAACCACCGUCACUGUUCGCCGGAAAUUCUAUCCGAUCAUCUCCACGUGGCACUUCAAGAUCUUAAUUCCGCCAUCAAGUCUCAGCCUAAACUCUUCCUUGGUUCUAAUCUCCAUCGUAAUAAACACCAAAACGGCAGCGUUUCUAAUAACAAACACCAAAACGGUACCGUCUCGCAACGCAACAACAGUAAUAUUGGAAAAGAUCUAAACGGCGACGUUUCUCUUCAAAAUACCGAAACCGGUACGCGUAAAGUUACAGAAACCGGUUCACGUCAAGGCCAAAACGGAGCCGUUUCGCUUUCGAGCUUUAGAACUGACACGUCAGCUUUAAUGGAGUACCGGAGAUCGUUUAAAAACAGUAACUCCGAGAUGUCGACGGCAGGAGAGAGGAGGAUGUUACGGCCACAGCUGAGCAAAAUCGCGGUGAUGACGAGCCUCGAAUUCUCGGAAGCUUUACCGUUCGCGGCUUUUGCGUCGUUGCUAGUGGAAAUGGUGGCGAGGCUUGAUAAUGUAAUCGAAGAAGUUGAGGAAUUGGGAAGGAUCGCAUCUUUUAAGGAGUACGAUAACACGCGAGAUCCGACGGCUGACGAUGUCCGAUGCGAAAAACCGGCGAAUGUUACGAUCAGUGUCGGUGCCGCUGAAUGAAGCAACGAACGACGGCGAGAAAUUAGAGUGUUUUUUAGAUUAGACUAAACCGAUCGGUAUGAGGGGUCAAUGAUGCGAUUCAUUUGGUUCGGUAUGAUUCGGUUUGUCAUUUUCACGAUGAUGGAAAUUAGCAAUCGGAUGCUUUUCUUGUCUUCGUUGUUCAGAAUUUACUAAUAAGAAAAUUAUUGUUUCUUGAAUAAAAAUUUAAUACUGUG